UGCUCUCUGACAAUCACAAUGCUCACGAUUUUGGAUAUGCACGCCCGAUAGCCGCUUUCACCUACGUCUUGCAGGUUGUACGACCUGACGACAGGCUUGGUCGACGACAUGGAGCGUCCCGGCACCUCGUCCCUUGGCGGUCACGCGCAGACCUUUGCAACUCCAGGAGAAGCAGCGCAGCACAUUGUUCAUUCGGCCCUUUCACCUCGUCUGGCUGUCCUUGCAAGUCCGGACGUGGACGAAGCGAUUUUGAGACCGAACGGAGUGCCCGAUCUGGCGGCGCUGUUGAGACCGUUCGAGGCUAGUGUACGAGGUCUGACUAUUCGAACGACGGAAUUGGCGAGCCGACUCGCGCCGAGUUUCACGCUUCGAUUCGAUGCCAUUUCAUCCUUUGCUCCGCCUCGCUCUUCCAAGGACCCAGCAGCCGCUUCAGCUUCAGCUACUGCUUCGGGCUCGGUCGGACCUGGCUCGACGUCUCAGAUUGCCUCAAAUGUCUCCUCUCCUCCGCCCACGCCCGGUGCUCCUACACAGAGCAGACCAGGCUUGUUCGGCAGAUCGCCUAGCGUUGCUACUUCGCUGGCCCGAGAUGCUAGACCAGAGGCCAUCCUCGACUCUCUCGCACCAGCGAUACGAAAGUUGGCGGGUCGCUCUUCGGACGGAAAGGGAGAUGAAAAGGAUGAGUUCGAUCAAGAUGAGAUGGACAAGGCAGAUGUGACGCCUUGGUAUGCUUUGGUCAGAGACGAAGUGCUUGGUAGACGAAAUGUGGAAAGCCACGAGACCUUUGGUUGGCCCAUCGGUAUGAUACUGGCCGUGUCAUCCGCAUCGCCAGACCCUAUGAACGCUUUCGCGGCGCUCUUCGAGGCCUCCAAUCCUCACGCCAGCAGAGCAUACACCGAUCGGCCUUACAUGGACUCGACGUUGCUUCGCUACUAUGUGCUCAUCCACGAUGUUAAGACAUCAGGCUCGGACUUGACUGAAUCCUUGGCUCUCCUCGACACCAUCAAAAAGACCUAUGGCGUCCAUGCUUGCUUGUUGCCGCUCAACUCGGCCACUGCAGGCGCAGGAUCCUCCGAAACAGAUCUUGCUGGUAUAUGGGAGCAAGCACUACGUGUGCCUCCCAUGGCGCCGCCUCCUCGACGAGAUGGGCCAGCUACGGGCAUAGCGCCACCUUUACCGCCCAAAGAUGAUGAAUCUGACUCCGCCAUGCAGAAAGAGGUGGUGGACGUGGAUGAACAGGCGGAAGUGUCCCGCUAUGCGACGGCAUUGGAUGAGGAGGAUGUCGCCAGGCUGCAGGCGUUUGUGAGGGAACUGGCAGCGCAAAGCGUGGUCCCUUUUCUGGAACGCACUGCAGCUCAAUGGAACGAGAGCCUGGCGGCUUCUCGAAGAGGCUUGACGGGUAGGCUGUUCGGCGCAGGUAGGAAAUUCUUCGGAUCGGGAUCAGGAAGCAUACGUGGAUCUUCGAAUACACCAUCUUUCAGUACGUUGGGGUACUACCCUCCGACAAGCCUUGAAGCGCAGACUCGCAGAUUGGCCGACUUUGCCUUCAUGACUCGAGACUACAAGCUUGCGGCUAGCAUGUACGAUCUUGGAAGGAAAGACUACUCGAACGACAAGGCUCUGAAACAUCUUGCUGGAGCUACUGAGAUGUUUGGUCUUUCACACCUCAUGAUGAUGUUGACGAUGAAGUCACAGCCGAUCGAUGUGGAUAGCUAUUUGGCGUCUGCUUGCGCAGCGUAUGCGCAAGCACCACGGCAGCGGGGAAGUCAUCUGCAGUUGGACGGGCUAAGAGCAACGUUGCUCUACUACGAGGUCUACAGAUCGCUCAAUUUCUACCAAUCAGCUCCAGCUGCGCUCAUGCGGGCCGCUGGGGUUGUCAGCAAUGAUGUGUCCUCACCCGAAGGCAUCCCGGCUGAAAACAUCGCAGACGACGUAGAGGUCAUCGGAGCGGUGCUCCUCGAACAAGCCGCGUUGGCAGAUCUGCAUCAGCAACCUCAACCUCAUCGCCGAAAGCAUGCCGCUCAUCUCGUCAUGGCCUCUCAUCGCUACCAAGAAUGCGGUCAAAAUGCGCUUUCGUUGAAAUGCUUGCGCAGAGCUGCUCGGCAGUACGCAAGCCGAGCGGCCGAGCGUCAGCCAGUGGAAGACUUGCUCGAGUCGCUGGAGACGAAGAGUGGUAAAGAUGAUCAAGGUGGCGAGGGUCCGGAACAUGACGUGUCGAGAAUGAUCCGCGAGAAAGGGCAACGGGACGAUGAGCCAGCGUGGGAUGCUGUCGAGACGCACGUGGAACACGAACUUGGACAAAGGGCCUAUGCCAAUGGAGACUCUGCGGCUGCGAUCAAGCACUUUACAAAACUCAUUCGACCAGCGCCGUUACCUUUUGACGCUACGGAUGAAGACGUCGCGGCUCAACAGGCCAAGCACAAUUCCUACCUGAACGCAUUCCUGACGGCGUUCAAAUACGUCGAUGCCCCAGCCAGCACUGAUGAAGUAGCCGAGGCUUUAGGACUCGACUUUGUCAAGCCGCUGUGGGACCCUCAAACAGCUAGAAUAAUCACGCGCUCGACGCGUGCCAGCGACGCUCAGUGGGAAGCAUUGGAGACCAAAUACAUAUCUUUAGCAAGCGCGGCAGGACUCACUCGACCUCCCAAUCUCGCUCCUGAAGAGCGGAAUGUUUGCCAGGUGGACGAAUCUUUUCAUAUUCAAGUGCUCGUGCGCAAUCCUCUCAGUACCUCGCUCACCCUGGAGAGUGCGCGGGUCGGGUUUGAGUCGCUUCAAGGAGAAGACAUUGAUGCGCAGUGUGUCCACGUGGAAAGCAUCGGUAAAGUGGAGCUUGGACCUGAUGAAAGCAGGCUUAUCGUCUUUGAAGCGCGGAGUAGCAAGUCGCAAAGCUUACGGGCCAAUCGCGUCGAGUAUGUUUUCGCCGGAGCGGUGCCAAUGUCGCAACGGCUGCACAAAAGAGGCAAACGCUUGACAGCGACGCGUGAACAGCGUGUUGCACCUCUACCCGUCUAUGCGCCCGACGAGAGCUUGGCCAUUCAUGUCCUAGAGGCGCAACCAGCCCUGUCCGUCCAGAUGACGCAAAUCCGCGACGUCAUUGGCUUGGGAGAAGAGAUCGAAGCUUCCCUGCAGAUUACGAAUACGGGCUCUGUGGAGCUCACAGAGCUUGCCUGUCUGUGUGAUGCUCCUGCUGUGCUCCUACUGGCAGCACAGCUUGCUUCAGACGACUUCGCCCCAGCCUUUUCGGCGCCGAAUAGGCUCGAAGAAACACUUCCUACGCUUAUUUCGCUACCUAAUGGUGCUUUGGCAUCUGGCGCAAGCGCCGAAAUACCGAUCCGUCUCCGUGGAGCGUCUAUCGGUGUGCUGGAGCCUAAGCUGCUAUUCGUCUUCAAGAGCGCGAACGCCUCAAAAUACUGUACCACCAGAUUCUCGCACGCCUUUGCAGCCGAGCCAGUCGUGGAUGUGGCCGUGCAAGCAGGUCCCUCUCGGGCGGAACAGCUCACGUACAUCUUGAAUCUCGAGGCGGCUUGCCUGUUCGGUGGUACGGCUGGAGAACCACCGCAGGCUCGCGUCGAGGCAGUCACUGUCAUCAGCCCGAGAUGGCAAGCGUCCACUGGUCAGGAUGCAGCUCUGGAAGCCGCUUUGAAGAACAUUCCAUUACGUCACCGUGCCGCUGCUAGCAUUGCCAUGUCAGAGGCAUCAGCCGAAGAACUUUCAGCGGCCGAUGUGGAACCUCUUGCAGACCUCACACACACAACGAACCAGCUCGGUUUGUUGCUGCAGAAUAUGCCGCUCAAGUCAAGCCCGAAAAAUACAGCUUUACGUCGGAGCACCAUCGGAACAUCUAAGCAGCCUGUUUCUCCUUUCUUCUCCAAAGCGCGGUCCGAAUGGCGUCAGAAGAUCCUCCUGCAGCAGUUUCCGGUCAUUGAUGCUUCGGAUCGCGCGCGUGCUUUUACGUUGUAUCAGCCCAGCGACGUUGACGUUAUCGCUCAUUGGGCGAUCGGAGAACGUCGUGGACAGGCAUUCAUUUUUGGGCUACAGCUUGGACCUGCGCACGACCAGCUGUUGGAGCUCACUAGCGAGUCGAGUGGCAGAGUCAUCUACGCCCAAGCUGCCAAAGAGAGGGCCGCGCUGCUCGCAGCGAUCCUUCGCAGCCGGCUGCACGUGGAGGAGGACCCGGUAGUCGUCGAAGUGCAAAGCGACGAUCAGAUCUCACAUGAUUUCGCUAAAAGUCGUCUUCGACACCUGGCUGUGGUCGAUGUGCGCAACCUUUCAACGGUUAGGACUGUUGAAUACAGUUUGAAUCUGGAAAAUGGUCCGGUCGAGAGACUGACUGCACCUGGAACCACGCCCGCUUCGUGGGUAGGACGCAUGACGCAGCGCGGAAAGCUACCUCCCCGAGGACGAGCACGAUUCGAGGCCUACGCCAUGCUUCCUUCGCCAGGAGCUUAUGAGCUCGGCGCUUGGGCUCUUCGUUCUCGCACGCUCACAUCGGAGCAAGAGGAUGCAAAAGUGGUCGGCACUUUUUCACAGAGCGAAUGGGUCGGUAUCACUGUUCAGGCUGGUCAUGCUGUUGACGAUGCGCGCGCUCGUUCAGUCCAGCAAACAUCCGAAGUGGCGGCUGCGGACGCAUUUGAGCCUGCGCUCGUCAGCUCCCACUGACGAGGAAUGUAUGUAUUUUCAUGGAGCAAUUGCAGACUCCUCGGCGUGCA